UUGAAUUUCUUUUUUGUUUGUCAAAAUAAUUAAUUAUUGUUAAAUUAUUAUGCAAAAAAUCAUUCUGGAUUUAUGAACAUGGAGGAUUAUCAUCAAAAUAAUGAUCAAGAUGUAAAUGAUGUUUUAAUGGAUUCCAAUGACGAAUGCUCAUCUUCAUUGUCGGCUGCCAAAGAUGAUUAUGAUAAUGAAGAUGAUGAAAAAGAUGAAGAUUAUGAUAAUGAUGAUGUUGAUGAUGAUGAUAUCGUUCUCAUGGAUAUUGGAAACAAAACGGAAUCAACAACAAAACAUGCCAAUAAUAUAACCGAUGAGUUAGAUUUAAAUCACAUUGAACAAAAUAAUGUUAUAAAAUCAAAUCAAGAAUCAUAUGAUACAGAUCUUGGUAAUCAAGAUCAUCUACGUUACACAUUAAAUUCAAAUGUUGUACGAAUGAAAAAGGCUCGACAAAAAGUGGCAAUCGAACCAUUUCCUCAUGAUGUUGUUUUCGAUCGAAAUAAAAUCGAUACGAUUGCAUUGGCUCGUGUAAUGAUAGCUGAACUUAGUCGAUAUAAAAUUCCACGAUCAGCAUUCGCUGAUCAUAUUCUUCAUUGUUCACAAUAUACAUUAACAAGAGCGUUGAAAGAUCCUCGGCCUUGGCGUGAAAUGACCAAAGCAAAUUUUGAUUCAACAAAAGCACUAUAUGUACAGAUAAAAAAAUGGCUACAAAAACCUCUCAUCGAACGGCGAAGAGAAUAUAUUGCUGUCAAAGCUCUAUUAUUGGAAAAUGGAUCGGAAUCGAAUGAUAUUACAUCAGCCAAUAAACGUUCGAUCGAUUCAUCUAAUCGUGAUUCGAAUGAUUCAAAUUUUACUGCCACAACUUAUACACCAUUUGUUGUAAUCAUACAGAAAUGUUGGCGUGGAUAUAGGAUUCGUAGUCGUUUGGAUCGUGAAACGCCAUCAUUCAGGAUUAUACGUCAACGUUUACGAUUUAUCGAUCAAUAUCGUAUGCGUCAAUAUCAGAAUAAUGGAGGUGAUCCGGAUAUAAAUCGACAAUUUUUACAAAUAUCACGUACAAUUGAACAAAUGGUUCGGCGUGAUACAUGCAAAGAAACAUUCGAAUCUAUACAAAGAAAAAUGCAACAGGUACAAAAAUUAUCAAUGAAAAUUUUCGAAAUCCUAAAUCAACAUGAACAAAAUGAACGUAAUCGACAGUUAGCUAAAAUUAAAAUAGAUCAUGAACAACAAUUACAAAAUAUACAAGAAGAAUAUCGUAAACAAAUUGAACAGCUUCAAAAACAAUUGAAAGAAAGUCAAGAACAGCAGAUACAAAUCGUACAGCAUGGUCAUCAAUCGAAUUAUUUAGAAGCACAAUCAACAACAACUAUACAACAACCAACACAAUUCUAUCAGAUUAAUUAUGAACCAUAUCGGUAUUAGAAAGCAUAAAAAUUUGUAAUAUAAUUUCUGUAUUUUAUUUUAUCAUCAACAUUAAAAUAUUAAACAAUAAUUAUUCUAUGA